AUGCCCUGCUCAAUGGGACAAAGUGAAAUAAGCUCAACAGAAGCCAAGCCCACAACAGCGCCCUUUUUGAAACACUCACUCGUCGGGACUCACGAUCCCUCACCGCGGGCACCGCGGGGGUCCAUCCGCGCCUUCCAUCGCCCUCGAGGCAUCCACUCCGCUCGCCGCCCUCCCCCCUCCCACCCCGCCGGCCGUGGGGGCGGGCCGUGCCGCGGGGCGGUGCCCGCCGUCUGCACCUCGACGGCGCGGCGGCCACUCAACACGCCGACGGGCAGCGUCCGGGAUGUGAGCGGCGGCUCUUGCGCCCGGAGCGAGCGGCCGCCGGCGCCGAGCUGCAGCAUGUGGCUGGCCCUGCUCCUGGGGCUGCUCCUCUCCCGAGCCGGAGACUUCCUGGCUCUGCCACGGAGUGAUUGCAUAGUAGCAGAACAGCUGUGCCUCUUAGACUCCCUCUGCAAUGCCACCUACAGGACUCUGGAAAACUGUGACCUCGCUAAGACGCGCUUUGUCACGCUGGAUCAUGAUAGCAGGGUCAGAUGCCUGAAUGCAGAGCUGUACCUCGGGAACAGCUCUUUACUGCACUGCAAGUGCCAUCGGCGCAUGAAGAGACAGGAGCAUUGCCUGCGCAUUUUCUGGACCGUUCACUCCAGCAUGACAGAUGGUUAUUUCAAUUUGGAAACCUCUCCCUAUGAGAAUCCAGCAAUUGAAGAGCACUGGAAAACAGAUUAUAACGAACUGGCAGCUCUAGUAUCAGGCUCUCAGUUAGCAGGAGAUGCAACAAACCCAUGCCUGAAAGCAACUCACGUCUGUAAUCUGAGCAAGAAGUGUGUUCGGCUGCGCACAGACUAUGCCUCAAUCUGCACCAGAGGGGCAGGAAGUGAGGACAUGUGUGACCGUCGCAAAUGCCAUCGAGGGCUAAGAAAUUUCUUUGAGAAAGUCCCUGAGGAUUUCACUAGAAGGAUCCUAUUCUGUCCAUGUCAGGAUGAACUCUGUGGAGAACGACGCCGGAAAACUAUUGUUCCCGAUUGUUCCUUUCAGUAUAGCACCAAACCCAAUUGCCUUUGGCUUCUGGACUCCUGCUUGGAAGACCGUAUCUGCAAAUCCCGACUGGCUGAUUUCCAACAAAACUGCCAACCUGCAGAUAUGUCCCCAGAUGGUUGCUCUCAGCACAACCAUGCUGCAUGCCUGCAGGCUUACAUGGGGAUGAUUGGCACACCUAUGACACCCAACUACAUCAGUAACUCCAGCGUGGAGGUCUCCCUGUGGUGUACUUGUGAAAGCAGCGGCAACCAGAAGGAGAAGUGUGACCAGAUACUUGGCAUGUUUGGGAGCAACAAAUGCCUUGAAAAUGCUAUUUGGUCUCAAAUGCACCAGAAGCUGACAGGUCUGGAAAGACAGAAAGACUUAUAUUAUUCAUCUUCUCUAAGUUUCCAAGGAGACAGUGCCAGCACAUCUCUUGCUUCGGAAGUGUCCCAGGUGGCUGAAGUGAAGACGCAGCAAGACACCUCUGAACACAGCAUUUUGCCUAUGGCCUCCUCUGUAUAUUCUGGAGCUGCUGUUUCUUGGCCAUCUCUGUCUCUAUUCCUUCCCCUGCUGCUGAGCCCACUUUAACUUGGCAUAAGUGACAUCUUUCCUUCCCAUAUUAUUAAUCUUAUCCCAUAUCCAGGCACCUCCUGUUACUGAUUUACCCUCAAGAAACAAAAAGCCUCUGUAAAAGAGGAAGGGAACAGCCUUAACCUGUAACUGCAGUCACUGAAAGCCUCUCCCUGACUUGCACCCCUCUUUCUUCCAGUCUGCACUGAGAGAUGCAGAUUUGGUGCUCACCAUUGCUUCUGCCACAUUUAGCAUUUUGAGUGACAGUCAGGCUAAUAUUCAGCCACAGUAUUUAAAAACAAGUCUGCAUUCUGUCAGAACUUGUGUGGGGUUAGGUUUCUAACUAGAGGGAUGCACGUGACACUGUUUCCUACCACCCUACCUGUUUGAGCUCUUCCUUAGGCAUAGAGUACCAUCCUUAAGUGUCAGGUCCUGCGCUUUGGCCACAACAACCCCAGGUAACACUACAGGCCUGGGGCAGAGUGGCUGGAAGACUGCCUGGAAGAAAUGGACCUGGGGGUGUUGAUUGAUGCUUGGCUAAACACAAGCCAGCAGCGUGCCCAGGCAGCCAAGAAGAGCAAUGGCAUCCUGGCUAGUAUAAGAAAUAGCAUUGCCAGCAGGAGCAGAGAAGCGAUAUGCCCUGUAUUCAGCUCUGGUGAGGCUGCAUCUCAGAUACUGUGUUCAGUUUUUGGCCCCUUACUACAAGAAAGACAUCAAGGCCUUGGAGUGUAUCCAAAGGAGGGCAGCAAAGCUGGUGAAAGGUCUGAAGCACAAGCCUUAUGAGGAGCAGCUGAGGGAACUUGGAUUGUUCAGUCUGGGAAAGAGGAGGCUCAGGAAAUCUUAUCACCCCCUACAACUACCUGAAAGGAGGUUGUGGCAAGGUGAGGGUCAGCCUCUUCUCCUGCGUAAGUAGUGAUGGAACUAGAGGGAAUGGCCUCCAGUUGCACCAGGGGAGGCUCAGGUUAGAUAUUAGGAAAAAUUUCUUCUCCAAAAGAGUGGUCAGCUGCUGGAAUGGGCUGUCCAGGGAGGUGGUUGAGUCACCAUCCCUGGAGGUGUUCAAGAAAGGUUUAGAUGUUGUACUAAGGGACAGGUUUAGUGGGGAAAUAUUGGAGGUGGGUGGACGGUUGGCCUAGAUUAUAUUGGAGGUCUUUCCCAACAUUGGUGAUUCUACGGUGAAGAUUAAGAGCCCUCGCUGCAGGGUGGUUACAAGUAAAGCUAAAUUAGCAUGAACAUAAAAUCCCUGUAAAACACCAGUUCUCAACUACUUUCAGUCCCCUUAUAUAUUUUUUUCAAUUCAUUCUUUUAAAUAUAUGAAAAAUACCAUUCCAGUUUGAAGACACUGUACUCCAGUUUAUAUUCUUGCUCCUUUCUGUUUUGCCCCUUGUAACUAUAUAUAUUAUCCUUUAUCAUGGAUAGCAACCAACUUGUGUUUUGUGGAUUAGUAGGGAUUCCUGUACUCAACCCUAGUAAAUUUACCUAGCCAAAGAUGACCUUACUAGACCUCAGGCCAAAGAGAUGUUUUUAGAGAUGCCUAGGGAAGGUGAUGCUCUGUUCACCACAGAUCCCCUGGGUCAUCCAGUUGCAAAAGCCUCCAGGAACUGGAACUAGCUUGUACCUCUCCACACACUGAAGUUGGCAUUUUCCCAUUUCACCUCCUGCCAGCCUCCUCCUCUGCCAAGUUCUAUUUCAUAAUCUGUUUAUUCUGAAUGUAAACGUGUGCACUAUGUAACUGCUGUUAUUUUAUGCUACGUUGGCCUGUUAGAAUGUGGUGUUAAGUGAAUAUUGAUUUCUGAGCAUAGGUUAACAGUCCACAAUCAAUUGCGUGCAAGAGGUGCCUCAUCAGCCAACCCACACUUUGAGGAUAGCUAGAAACUCAGUUUGACGCAGCUUCUCCAUACACAUGUAUAAUGCCUCUUGUUUAUUCUAUGAAAAGCAACAGAUCUGGACAAUAUUAUGCACAGCUGAGCAAUAUUAUGCUCCAGAAUAGAUGCAGAACAACUGGCUAUUUCUUUUUACCCUGUGUUUUAUCUGUACCUCAUGAAGGUACCAACUAGGUAAUAUGUUUUGGUUCCCAGUCACUGUCAAACCCUUCUUACUAGAAAAUCUUCCAUUGCUGCACGUAUCUCAGUGCACCUGUAGCUGUCCUUCUCUGCAGUGAUAAUAUUGCCAUUUCAAAUUCUAGCCUUCGCUCAUCUCCUUGGGCAGGUAGGGCAGGGAAAUGAUCGUAUGGAAUAGAAGCUGUUCCUCUGAUGCACAGAAGAGCAACACCGCAUUGCCAUGCAAAAGGAACAAGAAUCAUGUCAUCUUGAGAGAAGAGGAGGCUUAGGAGUGACCUUUAGUUCUCUACAACUAUCCAAGAGGAGGUUGUGGUGAGGUGGGGAAUCAGCCUCUUCUCCCACAUAACUGGCGAUAAGACUAGAGGGAAUAGCCUCAAGUUGCACCAGGGGAGAUUCCGGCUGGAUGUCAGGAAAAAUUCUCUGAAGGGGCAGUCAGCUGCUGGAAUGGGCUGCCCAGGGAGGUGGUUGAGUCUCCGUCCCUGGAGGUAUUCAAGAAAGGUUUAGAUGUUGUACUGAGGGAUGUGGUUUAGAGGGGAAGUAUUGGAGGUGGGUGGAUGGUUAGCCUAGGUAAUCUUGGAGGUCUUCUCCAACCUUAGUGAUUCUAUAGUCUUAACUCAGAGGAGUCAGAAUGCUGGUAUUUCCCCCUGUACAAUCAAUAAAUAUACAGAGCAUUGUGGUUUGGCUAGAAAGAUUAUCACAGUACAAAGGGAUAGUUGAAAAUAAACAAAAAUACUCACCUGUGUUGUAGGCUUGCAGAAAAACUCCAAAAAGGAGCCACUCCAGAAAGGAAUCCUUCCUCAGUGGCAGUCAGCCCUUAAAUGGGGUCUAGGAGAGGUGCAGCCAGGCUCCACGCCUUCCAUUCACUCAACUGAAUGGCCUUCACCUGUGCUCCCAGGGCUGACUCAACACUCCCCUCAGGUGAUCAAUCAGUGGUUCAGGCCGUGAUUCAACAGUUCCCAUACACUCACCAUCGACUGAAACAUGGCUAUGUGAUUGAAGAGACAGCAUUGUUUCCAUGUUUGCUACCUCUCUAAUGAAAACAGACUGUGUUAUUAUAGGACUCUGAGAUCUACAUUUGGCCAUCCUCCAUAUGGUGGGGCUGGAACUGUAGAGUGUGUUCUGUCAUCUCCAGAGAUUACUUGUUAGUGAAAGGGAAAAGGAGAAUGUUCUUUACAAUAUUCCACAAAUCAGCGUGAACAUUUAUAAGAAAGAUGAAAUAGCUUUCCACGAGCAGUGUCCAUCUUCUAUUCAUCUGCAUUGUGAGCUUUCCUCUUUCUGCACUUUGGUACUCUAAGUCAGGCUGAUAUGGGAAAAGCUAUUAUUAUUUUGUUGUUCAUAUUCAUCACACUGUGGACUUCUAGUCCCCUUGCCCCUACUAAGAAAAUUGUUGGUGGCAACUGCAGCCUCUAGUCACGUCCUGGAUUACACAGGAAAAUGCUUUACAGUCCGACAAAAUCCUGCUAUAGACAGAAAUGAAACAGAACAACAUUUUCUUCAAAUGUCCCUUUUCCACAUUCAUAUGCACUUUUAUAUAGACAGCUGCCUCUUACAAUUGUUCGUCAAUAACUGGAAUCAAAAAUCACCUCUAAAUACACCUGCACUUGUAGGUACUCGCUCGGAUGUGUACACAAAUCCAUUUUCAUUUAGAUUUAUGUAGCUUCUAACCUCCAGAUACCAGAGCUGCUCAAUGUCACAGCAUACAUGCAUGCACAACUACUACUAAAAAUGUCAUGUCAGUAACUGUCCAGUUCUGCUAGCACUGCAGCCCUUUCAGAACACUUCCUACUAUCUGUACUGCAAGGCAAUUUACAAAUACAAGAAUAAAACAUAAAAACCUCAGUGUUUAUUCACUAGAAACUGGAAGACAACAUCCUGCAAACACCUCUGCUCUAAAUACAAAAAUAACAUAAUAGAAAUGCUCUGUUCUGACAGUCUUAAUGUUGACAUCUCAGCAAGCAUACAAAAGGAAGAAACCUCUACUUGUUGUAAUGUGAAAUAUUUUUAAGUGCGUAAAAUAAUACCAAGAGUCGCUAAUAAAAUUUAUCUUGCAAUUUUA